AAUCCGGUAAUCCACUUAAACCCAAAAUUCGCAGUCUUUUGUUCCCCAAUAUUCCCUCCAAAACAGAAGAGAAAAAUGGCUCUCUUGGGGGACGACGGUCGUGGUUACGAGCUGGCUCGGAAGCUUGAGACUUUCGGGGUAUGGCGGUCAUGGCUCGGUGACUCUUGCUACACCAACUUCUUCCAGUUCCUCAAUUCCCCAUCCACAUGGGAAGCCUUUAUGAGAGUCGACGACUCCAAAUCUAGGGCUCAGAUCCAACUCCAACUCAGGGUCCGUGCCCUUCUCUUCGACAAAGCCAGCGUCUCCCUCUUCCUCCGUUCCAAUUCCUCUUCUACACCUUCUCCUUCGUCUCUCGCCAUUUCCAAGCUGAAUCCAACUUAUUUGCAGUUACAUGGUGACGACGUGUACUUCACUCUGGAGAAUUCUUCCUCAAAUGGGGGGGCUGCUGUUCCUCCCAAUGGGGCGGCGACAUCUAAGAUACAAUCAAAAGCGUCAUUUGGUGUUGGAUCAAGAUAUGGGGAAUCUGAUAUUGAUAAUAUGCAUCAAAGACAUAGAAAUGAAGAACUUCCUGAAACAUGGUAUAAUCAAUUUAUUGAGAGCUAUAGAAUUAACAGACCCUAUAGGUUGUCACUGGGUGACCAAGAAUCAGAUAAACGGACAUCUGACGAUAUGUAUACUUUUAUUAAAUUUCUUGAGAAGCAUAAGAAAAGACGUAUGGCAUUUAAGGAAGAUCAGCAUAUAGGCUAUGGAAAUCUGGUAGGAGAAAAUUCAUCUUAUGUGCGUCCAAAUUCAGUUUCAGAUGGAAGUAACUCAGAUGAUGAAGAAUUGGCUUUUUUCCCUGAAAUUAUGUGUACAUUCAACAGUGUUCCUGAUAGUGCUCUCCCAGCAACAGGUAGAAUAGAGGAGAAACAUAAAAUAGAGUUCUGUGGAGUUCUUGACACCUUGCCUCGGGCUAUGACUAGGAGUCCUGUUAUGAUUGAGAGGUUUGGUAUGAAUCCUUAUGUCAGUGUGGAAUCUGGAGCAAAUUCAUAUCAUGGAAAUAAUGGGUCUGGAGUAAACAAGAAAUGUCUUGGCCAAGAGCAAGCAUCACAGUUGUCUCAACAGGUAGUGGCCCGGAUGUUGAUAAAUAUGGGGUUUGAAGGUUCCACUGAAGUUUCUAUUGAAAUCUUCUCUCAGUUGAUGAGCUGUCACAUGACCAAGCUAGGUGGAAUCUUGAAAGUUCUUGCUGAUAGUUACAGAAAACAGUGCCCAGCUGUUGAGCUUCUCAAGAUGUUCCUUCAAACUGUGAGAUGUGAUUUUGGAUCUCUUGCCGAGCAUGUCAAGGAUGGUUCCAGGACUUCUGUUCAACAAAGCCAGCAGCAAGUUCAUGGGAUGCAGUCACAGAUAAUGCCACAAGCUCAGGCUGCACUUCGACUACAACAACAAAUUUCCAGACAAAUGAAUCCCCAGAUGCAGCAGUUAGUCCAUUCCCAAAGCUUGGCUUAUCAACAGCAACAACAGCAGCUGCAGCAGCAGCAACAACAGCUGCAGCUUCAGCAACAGCAGCAGCAACAGCUUCAGCAGCAGCUUCAGCUUCAGCAACAGCAACAGCUUCAGCAGCAGCAACAACAGCUGCAGCAGCAGCAGUUAGAGAGAAUGCGAAGACGGCAAUCAUCUACUCCUCGCCCGAGUAUGGAUAUAGAUAAGGAUAGACCCAUGGUACAGGUCAAGAUUGAAGCCGCAUCAGACUUGCCAGUUGAUAGUAAUUCCUUCAACAAUAGAAAUCCACAGAUGCAGUUCAGGCAGCAGCAACAAAUGGCUGGAAUCUCAAGUUUUGCAAUGUCAAAUGUCCAUGGCCAAUCCAGUACUCAAUUUAGACAGAUGAGUUCCAUGCAGAUUCCUCAAAUGCAGACACAGAACAUGGGCAUGGUGAGGGCUCCACCGGUGAAGGUUGAAGGUUUUCAGGAAUUGAUGGGUGGAGAUGCUACACCAAAGCAUGAUUCAGAAGAAAAUAGGCUGACUUCUCCCUCAAGUAAAUAGUUUUGUAUUUGGUAUUUUUUAGUUCCAACGCAUUACUUGCCAGUGCUGACCUCACUUUGUCCUGCAGUUAUUAUUGUCAUUAUAGAUUGUUUUUGCAUACUAACAAGCUACCAAAGAUGCAUGUAUAGUUAAGGAUCAACAUUAUUGGAAGCAAGUUAGUUAAAAUCAUUGCCUUAAUUAUUGCAUGGAAUAAAGUUAGUCUUGAAUUGUUCAACACAA